AUGGAGGAUACAUCAUGUACUCAACCGACUGUAGAUGUCAAUAUUGAGCUUGAGAAUACAUUCAAUGCUGCCCCAGAUACAGAAAGUGGAGAUAAUAAGAAUGAUGAAAAGCGGCAACGUACUUCCACAUCAGAGGUAUGGAGAAAAAUGGAGGAUACAUCAUGUACUCAACCGACUGUAGAUGUCAAUAUUGAGCUUGAGAAUACAUUCAAUGCUGCCCCAGAUACAGAAAGUGGAGAUAAUAAGAAUGAUGAAAGGCGGCAACGUACUUCCACAUCAGAGUUGCUUGUGAGUCAAUCUUGA